GUCUGUACUGUAUGUCCGGAUGAUACAUUGCACAACGUGUAAAAAAUGGCUGGGUCGAUUCUGGUCUGUGCACCGCCGCGCACUAUCCCCAAAAUUGUCCAUGAAUUACCCGGCACCAAUCUAUCGGUCUCGGCUGAGAAAGGAUGGCGACAUGUGCUUGAAGUAAAGACGAUGUGGAACUUGAGGAUGUGAUAUUUAACAGCUAAAUGCAUUCUUUGGAGCUCAUAAACACGGUAAACACAAUUGCGAAGGAGAGAAAACUGUAAUUGACUAAGAUUGGAGAGAAAAUCAUGCAGUUGUGAGGCGAAUUUCGCCGAUGAAGUUAGCAGUGCUAGCCGAGGUUUAGUAGAAUUUCACCGUGCUGAUUUACGCACAUGUGUAGUGUAGCGCUGACCUCCGAAUCUCCCCGUGAACUUUUACCAGCGCAGGUCGUCGUGUGUAAAACGCCUAUACAAAAUCGCACCAUAUUGGAUGGAACUUUAUCGUUUAAAGACACGUGUUUGAUUGUUUAAAACAGAGCUGGGAGCCCACUUUUUUGACUAAUUACGUCUUCCUAUUUGUUUUUCGUCUAGUCAAGGCUCCACAUUGCCGGAAAAUCUCAUCAUUUUCUCGACGUGACUCUCCGCAGACGGCGAGGUUAUCGUGUGGUGCCCGCACGCUGUGUGAGUGUGUGCUCGGCCGCACACGCUCUUUCGAGUUUCAACCUCAGGUUAUUUUCUCUUGUCCAGAAUUAAAACGUUUCACCAUAUUUGAUUCUUGAAUGAUAGCUCGAUGCUUCUUUGUUGAUAGACACAUUUACAAUUUACAUUUACAAGGAAUAGAAAACAUUAGAAAAUCUGAAGUUAAAAAAUCACCAAUUGAAAACAAUUUCAGGAAAAUAGUGUAUAAAUGUAGCACCAGCAGCUUUCCCUGUGAGCACCAAAUUUCAUAAAUAUUGAUGCUCGCAUUAUUCAAGACUAUUGACAAUUGUACUUCAAUAUAGAGUGAAUAUUUCUUAAAUUGCUGUGUAACUGUAAGUCCUAGUUAAUUAGGCUUCCUGGUUACCUCAUUUGAUUUUGGAAAAACACCUUUUAAAAUAGGUAUAAAGGAAUUGAGUUUUCAAACAUAGCCUUGCGCUGGAACUAAUAAAUCAGCAUGGCAGCCGAGGUUGCCAAACAGCUGAGCUACAGCAGUGUAGUUCAGGAUCAGAGUGACAGCAGCAAAGUCAUGAGCACGGGUUCGCAAGUGAGCUCGAUGCGACCCGAGCUCAUCAACUCAACAGAAUCCAAAGAAAACGUCAAACCAGUUGUUGCUGGGAUGAACAACGCCGAGCAAAACACAACUGAAGAGCUCAACAGUGAAUCUGCAAAGCAAGAAUACGUUGAGGCUCCGCCCCCAAAGGUGAAUCCCUGGCAUCGAGCCGGCACAACUGCCACUCCAGCGAACCCGAAAGAGCAACACAUUAAAGACAAACCCAAAACGACGCCACAAGAACCCAAAACUAAAAACGUAGGGUUAGCAAACAACACUCUGGUAUCGAAUGCAAAGAAGAGCACCAGUGAAGCAGUUGAUAAGAAAACACCAGCGAAGCCCGAAAAGGAAGAGAAACCGGAGAAAAAAUUCACCAUACAAGAGGCUCUGCCCCCAAAGGUCAAUGCUUGGACUAAAAACAAACCAUUAGUUUCUACGGCUCCUCUGACUGCGGUUUUGCCAGCCCCUAAAACUGAGAAAACUGUUGAGAGUGAACCGGCUGCUGCUGCUGCUGCUGAUGUUCCUGCUGUGUCAACGAUACCCUCUGCACCUCCCGUUCCUCCAGUCAAGAGCUACGAGAAGGAAGCGAAACCUACAACGCCGACUGAGCCACAACCGCCAGUGGUGGCAGCCCCAAAACCAACACCAUCAAAAGAAGAGCCGGUUAGUUUCCCUAAAGCGACAGUCGUCAAAGCUUCAAAUGACAAGAACACUGUGGCGAGUGACUUCAAUGACCUUACCAGUUGGCCAUCCUUAGGAGGCGGCCCCAAGAUUAAGAAAGAGGCGCCACCGUCUCCCAGAGUAAAAGAGCCCGUCAAGGAAAAGGUAGAAGCACCUGCUAAGGAGGUCCCUCCUGUGAAGAAAGAGCCCUCGCCUGCCAAGAAAGAAAUGGCGCCCCCGCCGCCCAAAGGGCGAGACAACAAGAAAUCUCCAGCUAGGGAGGUGCAAGUCCGUGCUCCCCGAGUGCACAGGGAGGAUGCCAGGUCCCAUGCGACGUCUUCCAAGGCGUCAGAGUCUCGCACUGCAGACAGGAGGGAGAAGGACAAGGACAAGGACAAGAAGAAAGACAAGAAGCAGAAGUGGAUUCCUCUGCCAUUGGACCCCCCUGAGCCUAGAGGAAAGGGGCGGGACCGAGAGCCACGCCACGCACCCGCCCGCAACAACCGGGACAAAGAGAGCAACAGCCGAGAUGCUGCCCCUCCCCCACACCAUCGGGAGCGACGGGAGACCAGAGAGAAACGGGAACCCAAGGAAGCAUCUGAGACAGCUCGGGUACCAGCCAAGGAGGGAACCAGCAAGGGUACUCCUCCAGGAUCUUGGCGCGAGGAGAGAAGUCGCAGUCCCAGUGCCUCCAGCACCGACAGUCGCAGUUGGUCCCGGGGCGUGUAUCGCAGCCGAGGGCGCGGCAGAGGGCGUGGUAGAGGACGUGGGCGUGGUGGCUACUUCAGGAACACAGAGCAUCAGUGGACCAACAACAAUACAGUGGAAACUACUGUACCCGAUGCGUCGUUUGUACCCCAGUUCUUUGAGCCAGGGGAGUUUGACACGCCCUUUAUGACCUUUCCACCGUACAUGUAUGACGGAGCUGCAUUCCCUGGACCAUUGCCCCUGGAACCUGACCAGACCACGUUAAGAGACUACGUCAAGAAACAGAUUGAAUAUUACUUCAGUGUGGAGAACUUAGUGAAGGAUCUCUUCCUGCGGAGAAAGAUGGAUGCAGAGGGAUACCUGCCUGUGAGUUUGAUAGCCAGCUUCCAUCGGGUGCAGAAGUUGACCAGUGACAACGUCAUUAUCAUCGAGGCGCUGGCUGACAGUGAAGAGGUUGAGCUCUCUCCGGAUAAUAUGAGGAUCCGACGCCGUGAUGACCCUCUACAGUGGAUCAUUACCGGCCCCGCGCUACCCUCGACCGUCACAUCGGUUCUCUCCUACGACAGUCCAGAGUUUGUUCCCGGCAAGCCCUACCCUUACGUGAAUACACAUGACACAGAAUCGGCUCCGACUUCACCGACUCCAGCCCCUGACGCCCAGAACGUAGUUAACAAUCUGAAUGACGAAGGCAUGGAGAUCUCCAUGGAGAGGAAGGACAGCAUGAAUGGGUUUAACAUGACCCCUGGCCUGUCCACCAGCCUGCCGGAGAAGGAGUCUAGCAUAUGGACAGAGGUACGACGGCGGCACAGGAGCCCUGCAGCAGCCAGCAAACCAAAGACACCUGGCUCCCCUGAGCCCAACUCGGACUUGUUCGGAGGACAGGAGGAACUAGACUUCCAGUUUGACGAGGAGCUGUCCAAUAUAACAGGUAGCGGAAGGAAAAACACCUUCUCAGAAUGGUCGGACGACUCUGACGAUGAGAUCACGGACCACGAGGUGAGCAAGAUCAUCAUCGUGACUCAGACGCCGCCAUGCUACAAGAAGCACCCAGGGGGCGACCGGACGGGCUACCACGUAUCCCGCUCCAAGAUCACCAACAACCUGGCCAAGAUCAUCAACGACGGACUGUAUUACUAUGAGAUGGACCUAUGGAUGGACGAUGAGAUUCCUGUUCCAAAGACUGAAUUAAUUUACAAGAAGAUCAACACCAUCAGUCAGGAAGACUUCUCCACCCUGGCACCGAGGGCCGAGUAUCGGGAGCAAGAGGUACCCCCUGCCCCGCCGAUCCAGGAACCGGAGGAGCAGAAAGAGGAAGAGCUAUCGGUAAAGCCAGAACAAGACGUCAGACCCAAGGACAUUACGCCCAUCAAAGGUAUACCCCAGGCAAUGAUGAAAUCGGAGAGGCAGAUCUCACAGUCGCUACCCACUGCCGUCGCCAACGCAACAACCCCUGCUAGGGAGUCGAUGAGACCCAUGGGGUCCCGCACCCCUAGGACCAAAGAUGCCCAGUCAACACCCAGGUUCUACCCAGUCAUUAAGGACUCGAGACCUAUCGAUAAUAAGACGCCAAGAAAGCGGAAGACCAAACACAGUGACAACCCACCGGUGGAGAGCCACGUAGGUUGGGUCAUGGACUCAAGAGAACACCCUAGUAGGUCUAGGAAUACAUCUAUCGGGUCACCAUCGGAGGGUAGUUUGGUCAGCACAAGCUACGGUACUCCGCAACCGAUACCCAAGUUUGAACAUCCCUCCCAUGAGCUAUUGAAGGAUAAUAACUUCACGCAGCAUGGCUACCACAAGUACCAUCAAAAGUGUCUGAAAGAUCGCAAGAAGCUUGGCAUCGGCAAGUCCCAAGAGAUGAACACACUCUUCCGGUUCUGGUCGUUCUUCCUGCGCGGCAACUUCAACCGCAAGAUGUACGAGGAGUUCCGCAACCUGGCGGUGGAGGACAGUAAGCACGGGUAUCGCUACGGCGUGGAGUGCCUCUUCCGCUUCUACAGCUACGGCCUCGAGAAGAAGUUUCGCGCAGACAUCUUCAAGGAUUUCAUGGCCGAGACCAAGAACGAUUACAAUUUUGGUCAAUUGUACGGUUUGGAGAAAUUCUGGGCCUUCCUCAAGUACACCCGCAAGAAGAAUCUAGGGGUUGACCCCGAGCUUAAAGAAACACUAGAGAACUAUAAGACACUAGAAGAUUUCAGAGUACUGCCUCCCAUUGGGGAAACUCAGACAGAGGGCGCCGUUGGCGGUGCUGAGGUUGCCGAGGAAAGCACCCACAAGAAGCCAAAACACCAGGACAUGACGUCGUCAGGGACCGAAACAAGCACAACAACAAAAGCCAAAACACAAGAGGGCGCUUCAGGCGGUCAGGACGACUCGUGAGAUUCACAGGGGUCAGGGGUAAAAUCAUGUCAGACCAAGGUCAGAAGGUCUUGGUCGACUUUUGGUGAGGCGGGAGGCACAUAAUCAUGCAAGAGGUUUAUACUUGUGCAAAGGGCAGCAGGAGGAAAUGUGUAUAAAUACUGAGAAAGGUAAUUCCUUGGGCCAAGGAAUUGUUCGGUGUUGAUAGGUGAAGUGCUCCGGUUUCUUUUGAUUUCAAUUCUCACAAAUUGUCUUGGUUUAUUCCUUGGCUGCGGUGUAUCCAGAGAAAACCAACUGCUUGUCGACUUCUUAAAUGUCAAGUCCACAAGGCAGGUGCUGUUGAUGUUGCUUUGAGGCUGCCUUGAAACAAGUGUUAUCUGAUAAUAAUGGUGGGAAACAGUUUCGUUAUUGAUUAGUGCAUCAGUAGCCACUGAGCGUGGUGCUGGCUGAGUGGGGAAAUAUAGCCAGAUAUCCAUGACUAAUGCCAGGCCAGUCAGCUUUAAGAGUUGGGAUACUAUACUACUAAGGAGCUCUAUGCAAUUGACUGCUGCCGACAGUGUGGUGUCCCACUUUCCAAUGGUACAAAUUGUUGGAAAGAGAUAACGAUGAUAAAAUGUUUUAUAGCCCUCGUCGUAUCACAAUGUGAUACAGCAAGUUUUGCUGCCGAAUUACGGAAUCAGCUGCAAGCCAUGCUAUGUUUCACAAAGUAUGUGUGUUUGUGUGAACGUAACCGAAACCUUCAGCUUAACGACCUGUCGUCUGGACGUAGAUGGUGUCGUUUUUUAAGAACGGACUUUUUGGUUUCGCAGUAAACCAAGGAACUGAUGGUAGAGGGAGGGGUUGAGGCGGGUCAGCGCAAGUAUUGACUGCUGUCAAAUAUUGCCAAACCCUGGCAGCCUUGUUGCUGACUAGCCACCCUGAAUCGAGUGUCUAUCAAUUGCAAUAAGUUUUAAAUUUGUUGACGGCCUAUUUCAUAACGGAAGUACCCCUGUAUUUUGAAGAGAUUUUUGUUAUUUUAAUCUUUCUCUUUGUCGUUCAGAGCUUUGCAGGUAAUCUUAAAGUGACUUUUAAUUUAAACUGUUUCUUUGAAAGUGUCCCCCUCCUCAAGUACAUGUUUACAUUUUUGAUAUGAUUCAAAACUAUUGGUGUAAAUUUUGGUUCGUUUAUCUCAAUAAUUGCUAUCUCCACCUUUAAAAAAAAAAAGUAUAAAAAAAAUGUAAAAGCAGAAAUUAUAUUUAAAAACAAAAACAAUCCAGGCAAAUAGAAAUGGAUUUACUUAUGACUCUGAUGUUGUAAGGUUUUGCAAUGAUUUUAAAUAUAUACAUUUCCCCUUCGUUAUUUAUCAUAAAAAAAUUAUAUUAUUAUUUACGCAUACAUCAAUAACAAAAAAUAGUGUUAUUUCUGUUCUGAAAGUUGAUAUUUAAAUAGAUCGUAUUCUUUAAACACAUUUUUUUGGUUUAUGAAAAAAGUAUUAUCCAGUUUACUUUUGGGUUGGAGUUUGUUUUUAAAAAGUAUGAUUUAAAAUGUAUGGAUUCGCAAUCGACAAGUAAUGAGCACUGAGCACAACAUGGUGCACUGUGGUCCAUUAUUAACUGGUUUCAAUUAACGACGAUCAAACCUUUCGGGUUUUCAGAAAAGGAUUGAAAUAACAGUCAUGAUGAUUGGUCGAUGUGCUCCUGUCAAUUUCAAUCCCAGCCAAUCAGCAGAUUGUUGUAUGGAGUUGAUCUCAUAUUGAGAACAGUUUGGCCAAUCAAACCUUUGAUUUUAUCAGUUAAAGGAUUGAAACAACGGUCAUGAUGAUUGGUCGAUGUACUCCUGUCAAUUUUAAUCCCAGCCAAUAAGCAGAUUGGUGUAUGGAGUUGAUCUCAUAUUGAGAACAGUUUGGCCAAUCAAACCUUUGGGUUUAUCAGUUAAAGGAUUGAAAUAACAGUCAUGUUGAUUGGUCGAUGUUCUCUUGCAAAUUUCAAUUCCAGCCAAUCAGCAGUGAUGUUAAAUGGAGCUGAUCUGUUGCUGAAAAAAUGUACUAAAUUGUAAGCUCAGAUAGACCUUUUGUUUGUUCUACACCUCGUAAAAUCUACAACUUGAGACUGGUGCUUUCAGGUUUGACUAUCCCAUUAGUAAUUGUGAUUGGAGGAGUCUAUGAGCUAUACAUGCUAAGAUUCCCUAAAAUUAGUGGCCUUGUUAAAGGUGUUUUAUUAGCAGAAGUUAUUUUUACCUUCGUGGAAAAAAGAAUUUGAUUGUGAAAGGGCCUUGAGGUCACUCCCGAAUGCAUCAAAAUCCACUAGAAGGUUUUGCUUGAAUUGUUUUGCUUGAAUUGGUACGGCACAGCCAUUAUACAUUGCAUGAUGCCAGGCAUGCCAGUGUUGUGUGUUGGAUUCAGAAAAGCUUCCCAUGAGGGGGUCAGGGGUCAAGUCUUGAGUUAGGAACGUGUGUUUUGUCCCAGAGUGAGGAAUUCAAAAGUAGGUUCUUGAUUUGUGGGAAAUCAUCCUGUCGAUGAGUGGAAUUAGGAUCAUUCCAGUGGAAUGGGACUGAGUUUAGGGGAAUUUGGAUCUCUAGAUGAUUGCAAUUGGGAUUUAUGAUGGAUGUAUGGGAUUGGGAACUUGCUGUCUAUUUGCUGAGUGAUAGUUAGAUCUCAUCGCUGAGUAGGAUAAGGUGCUUAACGCCGAGUGACUUUUGGAUUAGGUGAUCACUAUUGCUGAGAUGGACUAGGGAUAGGAGCCGACCAUCGCUGAAUCAGAUUGAGGGAUCUAAUGCCAAGUGGGAUCUGGUUAUUGCUGAGGGGCAUUGAGAUAUCACAAUUACCCAGUGAGAAUAGGGCAUUGUUAAUCACCUUGAUCAGUAUUCACUAUUACUAUAAGGUGGAUUUGGAUAUUACUAUCCCAAGGGGGAUUAGGAUCCCACUAUCCACUUGAGGGGUUAGGAUCUCACUAUCCCAAAAAAGGAUGAGGGUCUCACAUUCUCUGAGUGGGAUUAAGAUCUCGCUUUUACCGAGUGGGAUUAGGAUCCCCUUAUCCUUAAGUGGGAUUAGGAUCUCAGUAUCCUUGAAUGGGAUAAGGAUCUCACUAUUCUUAAUUGGGGUUGAGAUCUCGUUAUCACUGAGUGGGAUUAGGAUCCCACUAUCCCUGAGUGGCAUUGGGAUCUCACUAUCACUGAGUAGGAUUUGGAUCUCACUUUCACUGAGUGGGAUUAAGAUCUCGUUUGUACCGAGUGUGAUUAGGAUCCCCUUAUCCUUAAGCGGGAUUAUGAUCUCAGUAUCCUUGAAUGGGAUAAGGAUCUCGCUAUCAUUGAGUGUGAUUAAGAUCCCACUAUCACUGAGUAGGAAUGGGAUCUCACUUCCACUGAGGGGAUUAGGAUCUCGGUAUCCUUGAAUGGGAUAAGGAUCUCACUAUUCUUAAUUGGGGUUGAAGUCUUGCUAUCACUGAGUGGGAUUAGGAUACCACUAUCACUGAGUAGGAAUGGGAUCUCACUUCCACUGAGGGGAUUAAGAUCUCGCCUUAUGUGGGAUUAGGAUCUCAAUAUCACCGAGUGGGAUUAGGAACUCCUUUUCACUGAAUGGGAUUAAGAUCUCACUUGCACUGAAUGGGAUUAAGAUCUCACUAUCACCGGGUGGGAUUAGGAUCCCACUAUCCUUUAGUGGGAUUAGGAUCUCAUCCUUAAAUGGGAUAAAGAUCUCACAACCACUGAGUGGGAUGUGGAUCUCACUUUCACCGAGGGGGAUGGGGAUCUCGCUAGAGUGGGAUCUCCUUAGAGUCUUCUUUGUAAAAGUUUUGAUUCCUUUUCAUGGUGUAACUCUAAUCUUUCAAAAACACCUCUUGUUGCUCUUGUACAUUUUUGGAUGAAAGUAGUUUAGCUUUGGUAGAAAAAAAGCGUAGUUUUCCAUUCAUGGUUUUCUUUUUUGUAAGUUUGGACAAGCUGAGCACUCGUUUUAAUUUCUUACUUGUACAUAUAUAUAUAUAAAUGCAACCCUUAGCGGAAUGAAGUUUCAUGUCGUCGGUUGGGUUGUUUGAAUUUUAUUCAGGGGACAAAAAUCGCCCCAUAAUUUAUGAUUAACAAUAGACAAAAACUAAUGGUAAAAAAAAAAAUGAUUGUUAAACAGUCGUUAUUGUUUAAUGGAGUAUACAAUCAAACGUUGGGUGUUUUAAUGCUGUUUGGGGUUUGGUGGGAUUUUAAUUUUUUUUUCUUUCUUCGGGUAGCUUUGUGCAGUGUUUCUCUUCUGUGUUUUAUUCAUCUGCAACUGUUGAAGUUUGCGACUUAUUAUGCAAGAAACGUCAGAGUUAUCCAAAUUUUCAUGUAAAUACAAUGUUUGAGAAUCACUCACCUUUUUGCAAAUGUGGAUCUCUUAAAAACAAAAUCUAUUUUUGAAAGAAAAAAA